AUGGAUUCAUCCAAGAUGGAAAAAAGCCAAUACGAUCUCGAGGCUCCCACGCCUCUGGCGGCCACGGUCUCGCAAGUUGGAGAGGUCACCAAAGAGCAGCAGGUCGAUGCUGUUUUCGGCGCAGUCACAGACAAUGGACCAAAUUACCGUGCGCUGGGAUGGAUCGGAACCGUCGCUCUUAUGCUCAAGACCCAGAUCGGCCUCGGCGUUCUCUCGCUUCCCCACGCUUUUCACACGCUAGGGAUGAUCCCCGGAGCCAUUCUCCUCUGCGCCGUGGCGGGUAUCGCUAUCUGGACUAGCUACAUUGUCGGCGUCUUUAAGCUUAACCAUCGCGACGUCUAUAGCAUCGACGAUGCUGGGUAUUUGAUGUUCGGAAGGAUCGGACGCGAGCUCUUUGCCAUCGCAUUCUGCCUAUACUGGAUUUUUGUGGCAGGAUCAGGAAUGCUCGGUAUCUCGAUCGGACUCAACGCUAUAUCAGUCCAUGGAACUUGCACCGCUGUGUUUGUUGCCGUGGCUGCCAUUUCCGGCUUCCUCCUCGCGAGUAUCCGGACCCUCGGCCGUAUUAGCUGGUUGGCCUGGGUUGGAUUGGCCUUUAUUCUUUGUUCAGUCUUCGUCGUCACAAUCAGUGUCGGUAUUCAGGAUCGUCCCGCUGAGGCGCCUCAGACAGGCCCCUGGGAAUCAGACUGGCAGCUCAUCGGCCAUCCCACCUUUUCCCAGGGAGUUGCAGCCGUAUCGACACUCAUCUUCGCAUGCUCGGCCACAUCUGCAUACUUCGCUAUCGUGUGCGAGAUGCGGGAUCCUCGCGACUUCUCUCGAUCCGUUAUCACCGCCCAGGUCAUCUCCACUAUUGUCUACCUGAUCGUUGCCGUUGUUGUGUACUACUUCUGCGGCUCUGCUGUUGCCUCCCCAGCGCUCGGAUCCGCUGGGCCGUUGAUCAAGAAAAUCGCGUAUGGCUUGGCCUUGCCUGGCCUUCUUGUGACAACUACGAUUUGUCUUCAUCUGCCGGCCAAGUACUUCCUUGUUCGUAUCUUGAGAGGAUCGGAGCACCUGACUGCCAACUCACUCGUCCACUGGUGCACUUGGCUUGGCUGCACUGGCGGUUCCACCCUCAUUGCUUAUGUGAUUGCGAGCGGCAUUCCCGUGUUUGGAGACCUCGUCUCUCUGAUCGGAGCUCUCUUGGGAUUCUGCCUCGCAUAUCAGCCAACCGGUUGCAUGUGGCUGUACGACAACUGGGGCCGACAAAACCGAGAUUGGAAGUGGAAGGGCAUGGUUGCGUGGUGCGUCUUCAUCAUUGCUCUGGGUAGCUUCAUGACCGUGUCGGGAACGUACGGAUCGAUUGUCAACAUCAUUGACUCGCUCAAGAAGUCGGGCGGUACAAGGCCCUGGACCUGCGCCGAUAACAGCAACUCGGUGUAG